CAUGCCUUUUAUUGCAAAACGUUUUUCAAAACAAAAGUCAAUUCAAGUGAAGACCACAUCUGAAGAGCGGUUCAAUUGAGUCAUAUAUUAGCCAUUAAUUGAUCCCAAAAUGGCUGACGACGAGUACGAACCCGAAGAUAUGGGUCAGGACUACGACGACCCCAUCGAUGAUGACGACAAUAUGGAGGCAAUGGAUCAGAUGGACGACGAGAACGUGGAUGACUACGACGACCCCAUCGAUGAUGACGACAAUAUGGAGGCAAUGGAUCAGAUGGACGACGAGAACGUGGAUGUGUUGGCCGCCACUCAACACACACCGCAAGUGAACGCCAAACGCAUUACCACUCCUUAUAUGACUAAAUACGAGAGGGCGAGGGUUUUGGGCACAAGAGCUCUGCAGAUAGCGAUGUGCGCACCCGUUAUGGUCGAACUCGAGGGCGAAACGGAUCCGCUCCAGAUCGCCAUGAAAGAGCUCAAAGCCCGAAAGAUACCGAUUAUUAUCCGCCGAUACUUACCGGACGGCAGUUACGAAGACUGGGGUAUCGAUGAACUCAUUAUCACUGAUUAACUGAUUCCUUACCACACAAUCGUGUCAUUUAUCUUCAAAAUAAAAUCUUUAUUUCAUUAA